AUGUAUGUAAUUGAUGUGAUACUAUUUGGCAAAAUGGCGGAUGACUCGAACAGAGUGUCUACAGUGAAGAAACAUCACCAGCAGGCAAAUUUAAAUUAUAAUAGGCCAAAGUACCGAGAGGCUCGUUGGGAAAGGGCAGUAAAGGUUUACACCAUAAAUCUGGAGUCAAAGUAUGUUCUGGUCCAGGGUAUUCCUGCUGUGGGUGCGAAAAAGGAACUCUUGGAGCUCUUUGCACUCUAUGGAGCUAUUGAUGAGUAUCGCAUCUUAGAUGACUACCCAACAGAACCUUUCACUGAAGUUUACUGGAUCAAGUUUCAAAGAAUCAAUUCAGCAAGAACUGCAAAAAAGAAGUUGGAUAACAGGUCAUUUUUUGGAGGCAUUUUGCAUGUGUGUUAUGCACCAGAAUUUGAAACAGUUGACGACACAAGAGAAAAACUCCAAGAAAGAAGAAAAGUCAUUGCCAAAAAGACAAGAGAAUUAUUUGGUGCACAAGAGAAAGCAUGUACAACAAAAGUUGCACCCAUUGCUGCCUCCUCAACCAAGAGGUCUAGAGAGGAUUUCAAUGAAACAAUCUCAGCUUCAUCCUCAACUGAGACUACUGCUUCAAUUCCAGACCCCUCUGGUCCAUCAAGAGGCUUGUCACACGGAAUAAAUUACUCAAUGUACACAAUGUCUUCAAGUUCCACGUUCAAUUACCCAACCCUUCCACCACCCCCUCAACAUGUUCAUCCAUACCAAUAUCCCCCUCCCCCACCCCCAUGGGAAUUACCCCGUGUACCAUCAGCACAUGCAACACUUCCAGCCUAUUUACAAAAUUUCCCCCCUCCUCCCCCUCCCCCUCCCCCUCCCCCACCACCUCCACCUCCACCUUCUCCUCCCCCUAAAUUCCAUUCUGUAGAAUCACGCACUUGCCAUGAUACAGGUGCAAACAAAAGUGAAGUUCCAAGACAAGGGAAGGCCUUUACUGUUUAUAUGUCAAAAGUCGUGAUUGGACCACAACUUGAAGAGGGGUCUUCUUCAAGCAAGUCUUCACUGACUGGUGAUGACUCACUUGAUAAAACUGCCUACACUAUAAGAAACAAAAUUCAAAAGCUCUCAGGAGCAUGUCAGAGUACAAAUAACAUUUCAUCUUCAGCUGAAGAAAAUGUGCAGCUUCAUAUUAUUCAGAAUCCUGGUGAAUCUACACUGUCAUCUAUUCCAAAAACAAAAAGGAAAAGAAUUUGAGAUGCUCAGAAUAAAUACUUUGAGUCCAUGUAGUUCCUUAUCUAGACAACAGCCAUCAAACCCACUGCAAAUGCACACCUCUGUAACUAUUUUAAACUACAAAAAAAAAAUAAUAGAAAAUGGAACAAAUGAGAUACAUGCCCCAGGGUAUGGGAAGAAAAUGGAGGUCAACAAGCAAGGAAAGUUGGUUAUAUCUAUUCUUUCAGGUAAAGUGUU